UCGUUUUACUCUUCUGGCCAUCCGACGCCGAUUUCUCCAGCUCCCGCAGGCGAACCAGCACAAAUGGAGAUCUCUCUCCCUUCUCAUCUCGCCUGCAAUCCCACUUCCUCAGCUCAGCUAUCGAAGACCAUCGCUAGGGUUUCUCCGGUAAACCUCUCCCGCAGCAUCUCUCGGACCCGUCUCUUCUCCACCGGCAGGAGCCGCAGCUCCAUGGAGGACUCUCACGCUCGGAGUCCGGUGGCCUCGUGUUCCGCUUCUCUCCAGAACAACGGAGCUCCUGCCCCGGCAUCACCUGCGAUCACCUCCGGUGGUCGGAUUGGGGAGGUGAAAAGGGUUACGAAGGAGACGAAUGUGUCUGUGAAGGUCAAUUUGGACGGGACGGGGGUUGCCGAUAGCAGCACUGGCAUUCCCUUUCUCGAUCACAUGUUGGAUCAACUUGCUUCGCAUGGGCUGUUCGAUGUACAUGUAAGGGCAACUGGUGACAUUCACAUUGAUGAUCAUCACACAAAUGAAGAUGUUGCUCUUGCCAUUGGAACAGCCUUGCUGCAAGCACUCGGUGACAGAAAAGGGAUACACCGGUUCGGUGACUUUUCAGCUCCUCUAGAUGAAGCACUCGUUCAUGUUGCACUGGAUUUAUCUGGCCGGCCGCAUCUAAGUUUUGAUUUGCAAAUACCAACACAGAGGGUUGGAACAUAUGACACUCAGCUGGUGGAGCACUUUUUCCAGUCUCUGGUGAAUACUUCUGGCAUGACACUUCACGUAAGGCAGCUAGCUGGAAAAAACUCACACCAUAUUAUAGAGGCAACGUUUAAAGCCUUUGCAAGAGCUCUUCGACAAGCUACAGAAUAUGACUUACGGCGCCAAGGGACUAUUCCAAGCUCAAAAGGGGUGCUAUCACGUACUUGAUGAAGUCAAUACUUUCAUUGAACUGAAGCUGGAUUCAGGUAGCCCUUAAAGAAGCAAACAUUGUUUGAUCGAUUGGCAUUGUCAAGAGUUCUCAAUGUACUGCUGAAGCAACAGAUACGUGAAGCAAGAACGAGACGUCUGUGGUCGUUAUUGUCGGCUUUUGAGUGCCCUCCAGUAAAAAGCCAUAGAGAAACGCAGUUGGUCUCUGUCUGUAAUGCUAAUUGCAUGAGUCGUGGAGGAUCUGGUGUGCAAAGUGUAUGCCAUUUAUGAGCUAAUUAUUCACCUAAUGUU